AUCGAUUGCAGCGGAAUAACUUGGUAGGUGACUAGGUCACUAAUUUGCUAGUUUGUUUUCUUCUUUAGAUAGAAUAAGUUUCGAUUUUAAGUAUGCAUAAAUCGUGAGUUUUGAUAUCAUCAACGCCCAAAAAGUCCUAUCUACUCACGAUUUUACUGGAAGUCUGCGUAUUCUACGUUUUUGUUUUCAGUAGGCUAGGAGCUUUUUGUGACUCAUCGGAUCUCUAGGACUAGCCGUGUACAGAUAUUGGAUCCACCUUACACUCAAAGUUAUUAUUAGUCUAAGAGGUCGUUGAAUCAUGGACCAUGAAGAAGAGAGGUACAAAAUUUAAAUUUUGUUGACUUGAACAUAUCCUAAUGGCUGACUAUCUGAAGUCUGCAUUAAGCUAUUUCGCCACCUCAAACACUACUAAAAAUGAAAAUGAAUUUCUUGGCAGUAGUAUAUCUGUCGGGCAACUAAGUUUAAAAGUUAAAAGAAUCAUUGCUGAAGGUGGCUAUGGAAUAGUUUAUGAAGCUCAAGAUGUCAAUGAAAAUACAUCAUAUGCGUUAAAGCGUAUGCUCGCUCACGACAAACCUUCAAUGGAUUUAAUUCUUCAUGAAGUUCGUUUACUGAAACAGUUAAACGGACAUCCAAACAUCCUUAAGUUUUUUAGUGCAGCAUCUGUUGGUAAAGAGAAAAUGAAGGUUAUUGGUACUGAGUUCUUAAUAGUCACAGAGUUUUGUAAAGGGGGUCAGUUGGAUAAAUAUUUACCGGCAUCAAAAUGUGAAAAUCCCCUGCCAUCGAACGUUAUCUUACAAAUAUUUCAUCAAUGUUGUCGUGGUGUACAACAUAUGCAUAGUCAAUGUCCACCUGUGAUACAUCGAGAUUUGAAAAUUGAAAAUCUAUUACUUACUGAUAAUUUUAUCAUAAAGUUAUGCGAUUUUGGUAGUGCAACUACAAUUACAUAUAGUCCAGAUCAAUCAUGGACUGCUUUAAAACGUGGAAGUGUUCAAGAAGAACUGGAGCGUUUCACAACACCAAUGUAUCGGGCUCCAGAAAUGCUUGAUCUUUACCAAAAUUAUCUUAUUGGUACUCCAUCGGAUAUUUGGGCUUUAGGUUGUAUAUUAUUUUAUUUAACAUGUACUUAUCAUCCAUUUGAGGAUUCAUCAAAAUUGGCUAUUCUCAAUGCUAAUUAUAGUAUACCGGCAUCAAUAAGUUCAGUGAAUGCACCAUUUUGCAGUUUAAUUCGACAAUUACUUCUCAUAAAUCCAUCUCAACGUCCUAACAUCAAUGAAAUUCUUGCUGAGUUAUCUGAAUUGGCGUCUAUGAGAGAAGUUCGAGUAAGUGGUUCUAUUCCUCUGUUGGAAGAAGUUGCUAAAAGACGUAAUGUAAACGUUACAGCUAAUCCUACAAGCCAGCCAAUCAAUCGUAACGAUCCUAAAGUUAGUGAUUAUCAUCCGAGAUCAAUGCAUUCAGAAAAUAAUGUUGUUACAAAUCCACAACCGUCAUCUAAUAAACCAUCUAGACCCAAUCCUCCAACAUUGCCCUCACAACAAAAAUUAAAUCCAACAGUUAGUUUUAAUCCACCAUCAUCAUUGUCAUCAUCAUCAACAGUAGUCAUAACAACUCAAGCACCUACAGUUAAUCAAAUUUCAAGUAAUCAACAAUUAUCCAAUCAAUCUAUGAGUAAUAUGCUUGGUAUGAUUAAAGGAGGCGCUGGCAAUUUAAUUCGUAAUAUACGAGAUGCAUCAACUAAAGUUAUUGGGACUGUUUCUACCACGUUGAAUACAGAGCUUGAUUUCCAGUUUAUCACUUCACGUAUAGCAGUUACAUCUUUCCCCAUUGAAAGUGGAUUUGAAGUGCUUGCCAAUGUGAAUUCCAUGGAAGAAAUGCAAAAUAUGCUAGAUGCACGUUUUUCAGAUGCUUAUGCUGUUUAUAAUCUUAGUAAUCGUCCAUAUCGUUCAGAUCAUUGGUUUCAUGGUAGAGUAUCACAUCGUGGUUUCGAAGCACACCGUGCUCCAGCGCUAAAAUCAUUAAUUGAAUUAUGCUUAAAUGCAAGGUUAUGGUUAGCUCAAAAAUCGAACAAUAUUUGUGUUAUACAUUGUACCGAUGGCAAAACAUUGUCCGCAGUACUAGCAUGUUCCUUAUUAUGCUUUUGUCGGGUAUUUGAUAACGCGUCACCUGCAAUUCAAUUGUUUGCAUCGAAACGUGGCAAUCCUGGCUUGAAUGCAUCACAGAUUAGAUAUAUCAACUAUGUAGCUCAGUUAAGUCAUAAUCGUGUAUUUACACCUCAUCAUUUCCCAUUGAAUCUUAUCAGUUUGAUAAUUGCACCGGUACCAACAUUUAAUAAAUCCAAAAAUGGAUGUCGACCGUAUGUGGAAAUAUUUGAGGGAAAGACCAAAGUAUACUCAACUUACGCAGAAUACGAUAAUUUAAGAUCCUAUGUUCUUGAAGAUGGAAAGAUCCAAAUACUUUUGAAUGGAUUAACUGUCUUAGGUGAUCUUACAGUUAUCAUUUAUCAUUGUCGAUCUUCAUUUGCUGGACGUGGCAAGAUCAGUUCAGUGAAGAUCGCUCAGUUUCAAUUACACACUGGAUUUGUAGAACAUAAUUUAACUGAACUAAUUUAUUUUAAAUCCGAUUUAGAUCAUCUAGAUAAUAGUAGCAGCUUUGCCGGUUUCACUAGUCGUUAUGCUGAAAGUUUUCAUGUUACAUUGGAAUUUAUGGUUUCACCAACUGAAAGACCAAGACAAAGUGACAAUCUUGUUUAUCCGUGGGAAACUUUGCCAUCAAAUGAUCUACUUAGUCCUAAACUCUGUGUAUCAAAUCAUGAUGAACUGAAAAAUAUCUUAUCUGAUUACGGCCGUUUUAAUCAUAAACCAUCAACUCGAAUGUAUGAAAAAAAUAGUUUAGAACCUAAUCAAUCAAAUAAUCCAUCAGAAAAAGAUUGUAUAACCACUAAUAUUAAUAGCGAUGAAUCAUGUAAUUCAACAAACCAGUCCACUACAAAUUUGUUUACUACUACUCAUACCAUCGGUGGUAGUACGGUUAAUUUAAAACAAAAUACAGAAAUUAAUGAUAUUUUAGUCUCAGACUUAAUCAGUGAUAAUGACAUGCCAAAGAAUCAUAAUUAUACUUAUUCAUCAACUUCUUCUGAUCAUUCAAAACAGAUUAACUACAAUUUAUUAAGUGAUAAAUUCUGUGGGGAUUUUUUUUCGUCGUCCAAGAAUCAAGAUAAUAAUAUGGAGGCAAGUUCUGAUGACCUGCUUGGAUUCCAUGUGGAAUCUUCAUUUCCAAACACUGACAAUGCUACUACUUCUCCCACUACUACUUCUAAUACUGAUGAUCAUAUUUUAAUUGAUGUAGCACAGAAUCCUUUCGUAAUUUAUAAUAAAAAUUCACUAGAUGAAAUUAUUACUUCAUCAACAACUAGUCAGCAUAGUAAUUCAGAUGAUUUGAAACAAACUGAUCAAAAAUCAUUUGUUGAUGAUUUAUUUAAUUUCAACUCAUCUGUUGAAGUCAAUUCAAAAACUGAUCUCGGUUGGGAGAAUUUAUUUGGUAUCACGUCAUCAGAAAGCACAAAGACCACUACUAUCAUCACCACUAGCCAAAGUACUACUACAAACAACAUUGGCUUAUCCAAUAAUCCUUUUGAUCCAUUUGGUAUAGCCACAUCAGAAUUAUCUGAUUUCUUUUCAGUACCAAAUUCUUAUAUAUCAAGUGAAAACAACUCGACUACUACCACUACUACCAUCCUUCCUGAUAAAACUACCUCUACUAACUAUUCUCCUCCUCCAACUACUAAUACCAAUACUACUACUAGCAAAGAUUACUUUGGACAACAAGGUGGUCAUUUAAGUGCCAGCGCCAGUGCUAAUAAUUUAAAUCCGCUUUUCGCAUCAGCUUCUUUUACAAAUUUGUCUCCUAACGUUGAAAAUAUCCCAGACAAGACUACUAACACAGCAACUACUACUACUGGCGUCAAGAAUCAUGAUCGCCUAGAUCCAUUUGCAGAUUUUGCUGAUGUACUUCGAGAUCGAUUAAAUAAUCAAACUUCUUCGAGUACAAAUGUUACAAAUAGUGAUAAUACAUAUACCCCACCAUCAUCAAAUAGAUCAUCCACAAACUUGGGUGGUUUUUCUGCUGGUCCCAGUCCAGCACAUAAUUUUAAAUCUAGUAUCGACUCAAAGUUUAUGAACAACUCUUCAAAUCAUAAGGAAAGUCCUGAUAAUUUAUUCCAUGGUUAUGAGAAAUCUAGUCAAUCGUAUUCUUCCUACUCCAAUUUUCCUAAUACUACUACUUCUGGAUCUACAUCAAUACCAACUAGUGGAGGAACUGGUGCUAGACCUCAUGUUAAUAAAGAUGCAUUUUCUGAUUUACUCGGUGGAUUUGGUUCUUCUCGAACAAACAACACAGAUGAUAAUAAACAACCGAAAACAGUAAAUCAGAUUCGUCGUGAAAAGAUGGCUAAAACGGUCGAUCCAGAACAAUUGAAAGUCUGUGAUUGGGCUGAGGGUAAAGAUCGAAAUCUUCGAGCAUUAUUAUGUUCACUACCGGCCAUAUUAUGGGAUGGAGUACAAUGGAAUCAUGUUGGUAUGGCUGAUCUAAUAACGCGUGAACAAGUUAAACGUCAGUAUCGGAAAGCUGCUCGUGUAGUUCAUCCUGAUAAGUGGAUGAGUACGUCACACGAGAAUAUCGCACGUCUAGUAUUCGUUGAAUUAAAUGACGCUAUGGCUGAAUUUGACAAAAAUUUUAACAAUUCGUCAGUCAAUAUGAAUUUUUAACAUUUCUUUUGUUUUACCUCAUUUCAAGUAACAUUAUCUAUACGUUCUUGUAUUUCUUCUUUAUCCAACUGUGAAUUUUUCUAUUUAUCAUACAGUUAACUAAUUGUAUCACUCUCUGAAGUCAUUCCAUCCUGAAAGCAAAUACUUUUGUUGAUGAGUUAUCAUAAUACAUCUUUUUGUCCUAUCUUUUUAUUCAUCUAUACACUGCCAGGUACCUCAUCUUCUGACUGACAAUCUAUGUAAAUCUGUGAUGUAGAUGAUUUUGUUUCAUAGAUAGGAGAUCAAGCAUUAUUUAUACAUUACUAUCCUUGUUUUCAUUUAUUAUUGUUCAUCGAUGAUGGUAAUACUGGUUGUGGGCAUUGGUGAUAUUGUUACCCGCUCUCUUUCCUUGAACUAAGUCCUUCUUAUCUAUUUGUCUCCCCAUUUUUAUUUGUUUUUCUCAUAUGAUCACGAAGUAUUACCAUUAUUAUCAGAUUUUGUCCAGUUUUUUCUCAUGAUUUUUGUCACAAUGAUGUCAUACAUCAUCAUUUGUAAUACAAAGAACAAAGAGAAGAGAAAAUUUUUCUGUGUGUUUAUUUAAAUAGUGCAAUACAAGCGCCUGUCAUAAAAAACAUUCUUUUGUGCUUACAUCCACAUGGGAUUUGUAUAUAGUUUAGUUUCGACGAUGUACUCGUUGUUGUUAUUUAGUUAGUGGUGAUAUUAUUUCUAUUGCUGGUUUGCAGGAAAAACAAAGCUGAGAAACAAAAAAAAAUUAGUUUUCCAGUUUAGUAAAAUAACAGUUUUACAUUUAAAAAAUUGUUAUCAUUCCUACUUAUCAGUAAAAUAUAUAUCUUUUGUUUUCUUGGAUUUUCUUCUCCCACCUCUCAUCGUUAGUUUAUUAUUCAUCUGAAUAUCAAUAUACUUUCACGAUACAUUUGUUUAGUUCCAAACAAUUAUUCGACUGCUUCGUCUUCUAACAUUGUCGUUAUCAAUAUCUUUAUCAUUAUUUUAAUAAAGAAAAUGAUAAUAAUCGUCC